AAGGGUAAUGUCAACAUUUGUUGGAAAGUAUUGCUUCCUCGCAAAAGCAUUACAUUAUAUUAACUUAUAUUAUGUACUUAUAUUUAUAUUAACAAAAUACAUGUAGAAGUUAAAAUUUGUUGGAAAGCGUUGCUUUCUUAAAAUACAUAGUAUACGAAAACCGUAGAUUCUGGACCGCGGAACAAGUUUGUCGCAAUUUGGAAAUUGACAACAUAGGCGAAUUCCUCGGCUCCUUUCUUUCACGGCAUGUCUCAUACACGUGUAUCAACAUCGUGGACCCCUCCUCUUUCACAAAACUAUCACCACCUGAAGAUCAUCUUCCUGAGUAAAAGCCGCGUGCUAACCGAGUGUGGGCACAGACAGCAUCAUGAGCUUGGUAACACUAGUACUCCUAUUGGUGACCGCAUCAAUAACCCUGACAAGAUCUCAAGAAACCGAGAUCUCUGCCACGGGUUUAGAUCCUACGCAACCACCCAUUAAAUUGGAUAAAAAUCUCCGUCGAGCGCUUCUAAAAGCUCUAAGCGACUUAGAAGCUGAAUCGGCGGAGCAACAAAAGAGCGAAAAGGAAUUUAUUCCCCAAACAGAACCCAACUUCGACGGUGUUGCGAAGAAAAACUUGAACAAUGGCUUGGAUGUGCAGAAAACUAUGUUCUCCUUCCAGAGCUUUCCGAGGGACGAGGAGAUGCCAACAGAGGACAAGCUCCAAAAUUCGAGUUUCAUCGAAGCUGUCCGUUAUGUGACGCUGAAGACACCAAUGAUGAACAUCGAAAGGGCGACGCAAGAGGAGUCCAGAAGCUUUCACGUCCAGAAUGUGAUCCUCCCCGAGAAAAGUGUCACGUUCGGAACCAAAAUAGAAGCCACGGCGGAGCAGAGAGAGAACCAGAGUCCCCAGGCUCCUGCCAAUACUUUCUCCGUGAGCAAAGUCGAAAGUUUGACGUUGAAGCCGGCCACGGAAGUCUCGGAAAGCCUCGCAGGAAGUGCCACUAACGGCAUUGCAUCGGCAAACGCUUUGGUUGCGCAAAAAUCAAUUGAGCCUGUUCCUACGACGCAGUCUAGCAACAAUGUCACCGCGGUCGACGAGUCCAAAGACAAAACCGAGGAAGUGAAGAUCUUUCAAGCUCCACUGGUAGCAGCGUUCACAGUCCAGCAGGAUGAACAAGGCGUGCCAAAAAGUGUUGUCCCAAUCUUUAGAUCCCCUGGAGAUACUCAAGCGUUGACGCUACAGGAACAGUUGGAAUUCAAGCAGAAACUCUUGGAGAAGCAAUUAGUGGAGCUACAGCAGCAACAGAUUCAGCAGACGCAGUUCUUGGUUAGACAACAGCAACUGUACGAGCAGCAACUCAGACAGAAACAAGAGCAGCAGUAUUAUCUACAGGAACAAGCUAGACUGAAGCAGUUGGAAGAGCAGACCAAGCUUAAACGACUCGAGGAGCAAAGAUACAAGCAAUUGGAAGAGCAACGGUUAAAGCAGCUUGAGGAGCAACGAGCUCAUAGGUUCCAAUCGCAACGGCCAGUUCCGCAGAAGCAAUUUUUCUUCGAACAAAACAACAAUCUGUUGUCUUUCCAAGUACCUGAACAAAAUGUUCACCUUCAACCCAGCGUGGCUUUAGAAGUACCUAGUGUUGCGACGCCUCCACCUUUCCAACCAGCCUUCCAAGACCCACGUUUCCAACCGUUCCGUCAGCAGCAACAGCAUUUCCAACAGCAGACUCAACAACUGCAGCAGCCUCAACAAUUACAGCAACUGCAACAACCUCAACAGUUGCAGACGUUGCAUCAAACUCAUCAUUUGCAACAGCCGCAACAGCUGCAGCAACUGCAUCAGCCUCAACAGCUACAACAGCAGCAUCAACAGAGACUACAGCAAAGCUUCCCUGGCUUCUCCAAUGAUUUCCAAUCCUCGCUGCCUUCGACGACCAGAUUUAAUAGGCAAGAAGCUUUCAACUCGGUCGGUAAUUUUGGAUUCAACGCGGACCACAAAACCACGUCCAGCAGAAACAACUUCGGGUUCAGCGUGCCGCAGAGAACUCCUGCGAAUUUCUAUAAUCCUUACGUGCAGUACAGGCAGACCAAGCCAGCGACGCCUGCUAAACAGAUACAGCAUCUUUUGUAUCAGUCCGGUAUAGCUACUGACCUGGGUAGCGUCCAAGGAACCGGCAACCACGAGGACCUGAAUAUUGUUUCCAAAGUGUUGGCGUUGAACGUGGGCCACCUACCGAACAAGAAUCACCAAUUCAAGACGAACCCGAGUGUCUCGUUCGGAAAACCAUCCGCGUGAAGGUAGAAGCGGAACCGGAGCUAGACGAGUCAUGUAAAUCACUGCAGGACGAUAUUAGUCAGGUGAAAUCGAGCUCUCACUUUUUCGUUCUUCGCUCCUUUAUUCGUUUCCCCUCGUCUGAGGUGUCCGGCGUGUCCUUCGCGCGGAUAAACGUAUAGAAAUGACUUACGAUAUUAAUAGAAGACGCUCAAAGAUUCAUCAACUCGUAUUUAUGUUUUAUGAUUAAUGUAGAUUUACAAGGUUAAAUUCUAUCUUUCUGAUUAGCAGUAGUCGUAAUGCGGUAUCGGUGUCAUUUGUAAUCGUGUAGGGUGAUUAACCCACUUUAAAACCAUUUUGUGAGAAUUUAUUAUACAUAUACAAAUGUCAGUGUAAACGUUUUCUUUUUCUCAAUUUCGUUAUUGAAAGUGUCGCAUAAUGUUCCGUAUAAUUGCUUUUUUAAUUCGUUUAAUUAAUUGGGUUUCAUUGCUCAAUCAGGAAGUCAAUCAUUAUACGAUUAGUUUAAAUAUGUUAAUUCUUUAUCAAAUUCAAUAUUUUUUUCGUUAAGAACAUAUACUCCUUUACUUAUAUUCAUCGAUGCUGAGAUGAAAUCAUAUUAUCAGAUAGUAGAACUUUCCUGAUUAAGCCUUGUUACAUGUAUUAAUUAUAUUUCACUUAAAUAUCUUGUUUCUCCUAACAAUGAAAUGUUCAAUCUCAUUCAUAUUUAUAUGCAUUCAAAAUCACUUGAACGUUCCGUGACUUGAAAACAUUUAAUAAACGCGAAUAUCAUUUGCUCAUUGUCGAAUAAAAUAUAAUUUUAUCGUACUAUUGAAAAAUUGAUAUAUACGAUUGUUCUUUUUAAACAUUAAAAAGGAAUGAAAUUAUUUCGAUAAAUAUGAUCGUGAUAAAAAUAGUAAGGCAAAAAUUGAAAUACAAUUUAAGAAAUACAUAAACAGCUAAUAUUAAAAAAACGUUUACAUCGAUCACUCAAAAAAAUUCCUUACAAGAUGGCGGGUUACAGAGUCAGUGAAACAACUCGACCACUAAAUGAAGACACAGGAGAAAUAUCUAAUUUCUUCUGAUUAGUAAUUCAAUUACCAGUUGUAUUAUAAAUUCGUAUCCAUAAUCGCGAUCAUGGAAGCCUAAACGGCUGCCCGUUACGCCUGGGGAACUUAAUGCGGUGUAAUUGAAUUUGUGAGCCGGCAGCCGCGAACAAUUCCAAGUGAAAUCGAACUGGAAUCAUCGCAUAACUCUUGUCAGUAAAAUUUGCGUUCCAUCGUGCGUGGGAUCGGGACAAUUCCCGAAGAAAAACAACUUUCCACGUAGCCUUUGUAAUAAGGAACUCCUUAAGAGGUCAUAAUAACAUUAAUUACGAUCCAGAGCAGUUUGAGCCGGGAUUCACUGUUUGCACCAGGCUCAGUCGUCGAAUUACGUAACCCUGAAUCAUAUUGCAAAAGAGACUCUGUAUAUAAUCGCACGAUCCUUGUUUCCUAAUUUCAAUCUCGCUUUCUUUUCUUCGUUUCUUAUUACAUAGAUACUUGUUAUCCAUGGUACUGAACGUGACCAGUCAUGGGGAACCAACUUGCAAUAUAAUCUUAGAUUGUGAAUUGUGUUUCAGGACUAACUGAUACUGAUUCUAAUUUGGAUUAAUUAUGUCGGUAAUUCUAUUAGAAAAAAUAGAAGAUACACGUAAUAAAGAUAUUAUAACGUGUUUAGAUACGAUCAUAGAAAUUAGAACGAAAACAUUAAGCAAACAGAUGACGAGGUGCGUGAUAAAAGGCUAUAUUGGAUCCUGUGAAAGUUAAUAACCCUUUUUUCUUCAAAUAUAUAUAUAUAUAUACUUAUAGUCUGUUUUGAGAAAGUUUGAAUAUAAAGGUGAUUUAUAAACUGUGGUAUAUAAACUUGAAACGUUACUUCACUAAUUAAAUGAAAAUUCACUUGUUAUUUUAGAGAAGACAUCUAUAAAUGUUCAUUGGAGAUUUAUUUCAAUUUUAUUUAGCAAAUUAACAGAGUCUCGAAUGCACAAAUAAACAAUUCGUCGUUAUUUAACAAAUAAAUUUAUUUCUUAAUAAGUCAAAAUCUUGCUAUAACACAAUUCUACUCUUUAAGCAUCCUUUUAUAUUUUGUACGAUUUUUAACAAACAACAUAUAUAGAAAAUAUGUUAUAUUUAAACCAGUUCCCACUUGGUUAACCCCUUGCCCUAUGAUUUCUUCCACAAUUGUACUUGAUGGAACUACGUCGUUAAAAAAAAAUCCGAUGCUUAUUCUGUGCCUACGUUCACUCUAAAAAUUAAAAAUUGAUAGUAACCAAGUAAUAUUUCCUUUACAUGAAAAAUAAAUAACAUUUAGAUUUGUCGAAUUCAGUUGAAAAUAGUCAUCACUAGUCUGACAUUAUAGAUGUCAGGGUUAAAUUCUAGAUCAUAUCUAGACAUGAUAUUAUAGAAGAAAGAGUUAAAAUAGUCGACAUACUAUUCAUUGGUUUUUACAACAACAAAUCUUAAGUAAUCAGUAACGGACUCUCUUAACGCUAGAACUACCCAGUAACCUAACUAACAAACCCAUCUCAGAUUUCUUCUUUCUCCAAUUAUCGAAAAGAUAACAGACGGAUUCCGUUUUCUUCCGAGAAAAUCAAUGAAAAUCAUUAAUUUUUCAUCAUUAAUGAGUAAUAACUAGAGAAAUUGAUUUAACAAUGCGCAAAUUGGGUUGUAACUUAGUUGAAAUCUCAAUAGAUGCACUCUUCGAGUUUCUCUAUAAAAAUUUCAAAAUGUUAAUUUAACUGCACGGUACUUUCAGUUUAGAUACGAUACCACUGAGUCUCACCCCAGCUGUUUCCGUAGUCCGACGGCAAUCGGACAUGAAAUAUUUUCGUACGAACAGACAACGACUCUCACACCUGCGGUCUACCUGUUCCGCGCGGACCAGCCUUGCCGUUGACCAUUAAUUAUUUAUCUAGAUGUACUCUGUAGAACGAGGUAGCUACGGAACACCGCGGUGCGCCGCGAGGAAUCCAUCUCUCCACGGGAUCAAGGGUCUCGCAAAAUCGUGUAUCCGGCCACGCUUCGGGAUUGAAAAUACCUCGCCGACUGUAAAUAAACUUUCGCCGGUGAGGAUGGCUCACAAUGCCACCAAGGAAGACUUCUCGCGUGUGUACGCGCAUGUCCUCAAUUUCACAAACGUUUGGCAUAGAUUCGUGAUUUCUCUCGGCGGUCGAAUCUCGUCGAAGGGUAGUCGUAAAUCGAUAUUCAUAAAAAGACGCCUUUGAGAUCGAUUAAAAUGUAAAUUAAUUUAUGCGCUUCCGGGCUCUGAAACUGAAUCCCAAACACACGCACACUGUUACGCGAGUUGCUGAUAAUUUGAGAUUCAGGGAACGAUGAUUGUUCCCCUUUAAUGGAAAUUUGUUCUUUAACCCUUUGUUCUGAAAAUUAAGUGGUACCUGCAAUAUUUUAUACAUGAGCUUUGCAGUCAUUGAAUAUAGCAGUCUGUAUCGUUGUGUGCAAAAUAGUAAUUUUUUCGUAUAGUUAAUGGUUAGGAAACAAUGACAAUGAAUAGAAAAUGUUUGAUAAAUGUUUAAUAAAUAAAACGGAAAUGUUUAAUGAAUGCUUAACAUGAGCGUUAACAAUUUUCUUGGUACCAUGAUUUUCGUUUAUAACUGAAUAUUAACGUUUAUAGCCAAUAUUAACGUAAUACUUUAUGUGCUUUCUAGAAUUGAAAUUUUCUUGCUGUAUCUUGAAUUCCUUUUAAUAUAACUUAUAAUUUAUUAAAGAGAGCAGAGGGUUAAGAAUGAAAUUCUAAUACUUGCGGAUAUGUAUAACAACGAAACAAUAAGAAAGUAUAGUAAUAAUAUUGAAAUAGAAAUUGUUUUUUCUUCAAUAUGGUAUUCACUUUAUUUUUUGCAGACAAUUUAUGUAUAGAAAUUGUAUCAUGUUGUAAUUAAAAAAAAAUUAAUGUAAAGCGUGCGUGGGACAUAUUUUAAGAAGAACUAAGAAAGUUGUAUACAAUAGCCACACACACACACACACACACACACACACAAUUCGUACAUGAUGUCGUGUUUAAAUGUGCAUUAAGACUUAAACUUACGUUACAAAUUAAUAUAAC